AUGGAGAGCAACAAGGAGGAAGCCCUGCGCUGCCUCGCCAUCUCGCAGAAGCACCGCGCAGCCGGCAACUUGCCCUCAGCGCGCAGGUUCGCACAGAAGUCAAUCGCCCUGUUCUCGACGCCCGAGGCGGUCAAGCUGUUGGCGGUCUUGGACUCCGAGAGCGACCCUUCAUCGGCGUCCUCGACAUCGUUCACUUCAGGCGCAGAGACGCAUCCUUCGGCUUCAGGAACGAAGCACCGGCACACCGCGUCGACUGCGCGCUCGACUAGUUCGACAACAACGAAUGGGAGCGCGAGCGAGAAGAGAGAAUAUACGGCGGAGAAUGUGGCGGUGGUGAAGAGAGUAAGAGGAUGCAAAGUCACGGAGUAUUAUGAGAUUUUGGCUGUGAAGAGAGAUUGCGAGGAGGCAGAGGUCAAGAAGGCUUAUCGGAAGCUCGCCUUGGCCUUGCAUCCAGACAAGAAUGGGGCACCGGGGGCUGAUGAGGCCUUCAAAAUGGUGUCCAAGGCGUUCCAGGUGCUUUCUGACCCUCAAAAACGCGCUGCUUAUGAUCGACAUGGGUCUGAUCCCGAGUCGAGAUUUGGUGGCAUGUCUUCCUCGGGGCCGUCACCAGGAUUCGCAACAAGUCCAUUCGGCGGAGGCGGUGGUUUCGAGAGCGAACUGAGUCCUGAAGAUUUGUUCAAUAUGUUCUUCGGGGGUGGAGGCAUGGGAGGCGGUGGGUUUGGUGGUGGCCCAGUCUUCUCAGCGACGUUCGGACCAGGCGGCUUCCGCACAACGCGCGUGCACACCGGCCACCCACGGCAGCGCCAACAGCAGCAACAAGCCCAGCCGACGGGCCCGCGCUCCAUCUUCGUCCAACUCCUUCCCCUUAUCCUCCUCUUCGCCUUCUCCUUCUUAACCGCUCUCCCCAACCUCUUCACCACGCCCCCAACACCCGACCCGCGCUUCUCUUUCUCGCCCUCCUCCCGGUUCAACCAUGAGCGGCACACGGGCGGUCUCGGCGUCGCCUAUCACGUCAACUCCGCCGAGUUCGCAGGGCACCCCAUCGCAGCUGAGAUCGCGCGGGCGGCCGUAUCCUCGGGGGCUGCUGGGUCGACGGGGUCGGGGGUCACGGAGAAGCAGUCGCACAAGCUGUGGGAGUUCGAGAACAAGGUGGAUCGGGCGUACACACAAGAAAUGUACGCGCUGUGCCAGCACGGGAUGGACGCGCGGCAGCGCCGGCGGGACGCGGCGGUCGGGUUCUUCGGGAUCGGUGCGGACUGGGACAAGGUGCGGCAGAUCGAUGCGGAGAAGGUGGAGAGCUGCGAGGUGCUGAAGGGGAUGGGUUUAUUGAAGUAACGCGUCGCUCGGCACUUAGAGUAUUCACGCGCACGCAUCGCGUUUCUGCGUGUGCUUAUAGGAUAUGUACAUUUCGUGCAAGAAUAUUCUUGGACUGGCC